AUGCAAAACUGUUUUCAACGAUGUCUAAUCACUAUGAACGAAUUUCCUCAACUGCCAGAUUUUUUGACUCCACUCUCACUUUUGACUUUUGGAAGGUCUCCCUUCCUCUUCUGCAAGAUCGCAUAUUUUACAAUACGACAAACGACUCUUUUUUUUCUUUUCAUUAUCAAUACAAUUGUAUUGAAACUUCUAAAGCUUUGGAAUGGUGUAUGUGCUUUCAAUUUGAGGCAAAUUUAUGCUUGCGGAAAAAUAACACUUCUUGACUUCGAAACAUGUUUAAGUGUUGGCAAUGUUUGCGAAGCUUGA